GAUGUCCAAACCCAACUGCUCGUGGGCAGCUCUGCCUUGUGUUCAGGACCUGCUGUGUAACUCCAGCCUUGUGCUGAACUUCACAGCAGCAGAGUUGGAAGACUACUGCCUGGACCCAGACGAGUACCUGGAGAGGUACCUCGGCCCACGGCGCUCUCCAGUCUUUCUGCCUGUCUGCAUCACCUACCUGUUGAUCUUCUUUGUGGGGGUCUUGGGCAAUAUCCUCACCUGCACAGUCAUCACACGCCACAGGGUGAUGAGGACACCCACCAACUUCUACCUGUUUAGCCUGGCAGUAUCAGACCUUCUGGUGCUGCUGCUGGGCAUGCCGCUGGAGCUGUAUGAGCUGUGGAGUAACUACCCGUUUCUGCUGGGGGAGAGCGGCUGCUACUUCAAGACGUUCCUGUUUGAGACGGUGUGUUUUGCCUCCAUCCUGAAUGUGACGGCGUUGAGCGUGGAGCGCUACAUCGCCGUGGUCCACCCACUCAGGGCCAAGUAUGUGGUCACCCGAACUCACGCCAGACGGGUGAUUCUUUGUGUGUGGACCAUUUCAGUUGUGUGCGCGCUGCCCAACACCAGCCUUCAUGGUAUCUUCAUGCUGCCGCAGCCAAAGGGGCGGGGCCCGGGCGGCCUUCCUGGCUCGGACACCUGCAUGCUGGUCAAGCCUCGCUGGAUGUACAACCUGACCAUCCAGAUCACCACAGUGGUCUUCUUCCUGCUGCCCAUGCUGACCCUCAGCAUACUGUACCUGCUGAUCGGCCUGCGGCUGCGCAGGGAGCGGAUGCUGCAGAUGCUGCAGGCCACUGACCAUCAGCAGCUGGAUGGAUAUAGCAGGGUUCGUUGUCAGCAGCAGAAAGCGCGCAGGCAGCAGGUCACCAAGAUGCUGUUUGUCCUGGUGGUGAUGUUCGGUAUCUGCUGGGCUCCAUUUCACACCGACCGUCUGAUGUGGAGCUUCAUGGACCAGUGGGCCAGUGGGCAGGUGGAGAUUUUCCAGGCGUAUGAAUACGUCCAUGUUAUUUCAGGAGUUUUCUUCUAUCUAAGCUCUGCCGUCAACCCCAUCCUUUACAACCUGAUGUCUACGCGCUUCAGAGAGAUGUUUAAGGAGGUGAUGUGUCGUCACCCGAGGCGCCCAGUACCCAGGAAACAAUCUCUGAGCAUGACCCGGGUGACCUUACGCAGCGUGGUCAGCGAAGUCGCCCCUGGCAAUGGGGCCGUCAUUGCAGACAGAGAUUAUGACUUUUACGAAUGCCACAAAAAUGAGACGACGUUUGACUGAUUGACCUUUGGGAAAUCCAGUGAAUGAAGAACAUUUAAAAAAUGGCACAUCAGCACCACUGCCAACAAUGCUCUCCGUAUGGUGUUAUAAGCCUAUGUUAGCUUUAUGUUAUCAUUUUUGUGAAAGAACUUCACAGUAAUGUGUGAGACUGACAUGGAAAUGUACAACCUUCAUGAAUAUCACCACUGCUUUGGCUGCUAAAAAACAGUGCAGUGGAUGUGCUAAUGCUAACAUUGUGUGAACACACACUUUUAAACAUGUCUCUAUGUGUAAAUAUACCCAAAAAAGAAAGACUGUGCAGUCAGUUGAGAGACUGGAGAACACAGUGUCCUCACAGGAAGAGAGCGUUCAAACGUAGUUUCACAUCACGUCACAAAGCAUUUUGAACAUCUACAGUGGAAAUGCUACUCAUAAUCAAACUACAGCUAACUGUAGCAAUCAGCUAACGGAUCUACACCUCAACUGCUAAUUGGUCUUAUAUUGCUAAAUGUGUCUUAUAUUCAGUGUAAAUCCAUUUUAGGUUUAGUACCUUUCACUUCAAGUCAUAUUGUUUUUAAAUUUUAAAUUUAAAUUGCAUUAGCAAUUUCUCCACACAUGGUGCCCUAUAUAACACCAUGCACAAGGAACGUUGCGAUGCUCAUUGCUAUCUAACACCCUGCGAACAGUCUUUUUUCAUGCCUUGCAUCUGCAUUGUUUAAAUAGACAGAGCUUACAAAUAUGUCUGGAAGUGAGGUGUGUUCAGGUACAUUUCUGAUGUAUUGCUAUCUUGGCAACAGAAAACACAGGUUAAAAUAGAGCCCUAUUCUGAUUGGG